AUGUAACCCGCGUGAUCCGGUCCGCGGGGCAAUAGCCGACGAAGUAAGGGUCUCCUCAUCGAUGUGUCUUAUCUCGGUAGGCAUGAGCCAAACGUGCCUUUGCUGGGAAUGGCAAAUGCUGGAGACACAUAAUGCAUCGCGUUGUGAGCCAGCCGAACUUGAGGGCCUGCCACAGGCAGCUCACAAAGUCUUUUAUUGCAAGGCCUUUGCAUGAGAGACUUUCAUCCGCCCGGCCAUAUACAGUCAAGUCCAAUGUGCGAAGUGACACCCCAAGACGCUUAGCCGGUUUCGGAGCCCUGUCCUUAGUCUUUGUGGCUGGAGUCGCCAUCGGUCAGAGUCGUGCAGACGUCCCCGAGUCCAAAGGCUUAUCAAAGGUGCGCUACGCUGAUCGAAAUGGCAUGCUCGCGGCUGCCAGAGAGAUACACGCUGCCCUCGGAGACGAUGCAGUCAGCUACGAUCAGGACGAUAUUGAGACUCACGGUUAUUCAGACUGGUCAAGUUGCAACUCAUCAGGUCGCGGUGUGGCCAUUGUGUAUCCAAAAAGCACCCAGGAUGUAUCCACUGCUGCAGCCAUUUGCAACAAACACAACGUGCCCAUAGUGCCAUUCGGUGCCGGCUCCUCCAUUGAAGGGAAUUUUUCAUCACCAUACAGUGGAAUAGUCAUUGAUCUUACAUUCAUGAAUGAGAUCGUGACGUUCCACCCUGAUGACAUGGACGUUGUGGUGCAACCUGGUGUAAACUGGAUGGAUCUCAACAGAAAGAUCGAGCACGAGAAUCUCUUCCUGCCCCUAGACCCUUCCCCAACGGCAACUAUAGGGGGAAUGGUCUCUACAAACUGCAGUGGAACCAAUGCGUUCCGAUACGGCACCAUGAAGGACUGGGUCAUCAACCUUACAAUCGUGCUCGCAGAUGGCCAAAUAAUCAAAACUCGGCGACGACCGCGGAAGACGUCUGCUGGCUACAAUCUGACCUCCCUGUUUGUCGGCGCCGAGGGGACGCUGGGAAUUGUGACCGAAGUCACUCUCAAGCUUGCAGUUGUGCCAAAGGAAACCGGUGUCGCUGUUGUCUCGUUUGCGAGCAUCGCUGACGCUGCUUCGGCGGCCUCAGAACUCAUCCGGUCGGGUAUUACACUUGCCGCCAUAGAGCUAAUGGACGACGUUCAGAUGCGCAUCAUCAACCGGCAUGGAAGCGAAGCGGUUCGGAAAAUUAACUGGGAUGAAAGCCCGUCCCUCUUCCUCAAGUUUUCUGGGCCGACACAGGAGGGAGUAAAUGGGGACAUCUCCCAGGUGAGAAAUACCAUCCAGUCAAGCAACCCCCAAAAGUACUUUUUUGCAAAGAAUAAGGACGAGGAAUCGAGUCUCUGGGCAGCGAGAAAAGAGGCCUUGUGGACGAUGACGUCGAUCAAACCUGAAGGACAUUCCAUUUGGUCGACAGAUGUGGCCGUGCCCAUCUCUAGGCUUGCCGAGAUCGUCGAAAUCUCCAAGAAGGAGGGAGAUCAAUUAGGAAUUUUUGCCAGCGUCGUGGGACAUGUCGGGGAUGGCAAUUUUCACGAGGCGUUGAUGUACGAUGCCAAGAAUCCAGAACUUCACGCAAAAGUUGAAAAGGCCAUUCACCGGAUGAUGGAUCGCGCUCUAGAGAUGGAAGGAACUGUCUCGGGCGAGCAUGCAAUUGGCAUGGGGAAGAUGCACUCUCUGGUUAACGAACUCGGCCCCGACACCAUCCACACAAUGAAGUUGGUUAAGCAGGCUUUGGAUCCAAAGUGGAUAAUGAAUCCUGGAAAGGUUUUUAGUGUCCCCGAAGAUUCGACUGCAAGUCCUGCACCAAAGCAGGUGGGCCACUGAAGAUUACGUCUUCAAUUAAAGCAGACACUCAUAGUCGCCAUUCGAUUUAAGAUAGAUUGUUUUUUAGUAGUGCUAUUUACUCUCGCAGCUAUUUCUAUUUGCACACGCAGAUUCAUACCCUCGGUCAGCACUUUACUUGAAAGCUCUCUAUGGGCCUUCAAGCUUUGAUC